GGUGUUUCAAAAAUGAUGACGAGAGACAAGCAGUACAAAAGCGGCGUAAAGAUGGGCCUCUCGUUCGAGCUGGGCACACUUGUGUACGAGGUGAAGACCCCGACAAUACCCCUCGAUAUGGUCAACGCGCCCUGCAAAACAAUGUACAUCACCAGCAUGGACGUUCUCCCCUGCAGGAUUAACCCGUACAAUCUCCGAGGCGAGGUAUAUCCAGGCGUCAAUCUGGCUGAAGUCAGAGGCCAAAAUACAACGAUCAUGCUUUUUGAGGACGAGGUCACCGUGAGGGAAAAGUGCAUCCAGCUGGCCGACAGGUCGACCAACCUGCGGCCCGGCAUGGCGUUGCUUCUGGUGAACGCGCACCUCGGCGAUUUGUCCACCAACAGCACCUGCAAGGACCUCGGCGAAAGAGACAGAGAGGACCCGUUCUGGCGAAUACGCGUUAUUAAGGCCGAGCUCAAGAUUCCGUGAUGCCCGGGUCCGUGGGCGUCACAUAACGAGGUGGCGGCGGUGGUCUGCAGCGGUGUUGCGCAGAAGCCGGUCGCAGUUCGGAGUUUGAGUGCUGUUACUCGAGCAUCUACGAUUGUCUGUUAGUUAUGGGUAGUCCAAUAAUAGUUUUAGCCGUAUCUUUGAACAUCUGGUAUGCGAUGUUUGGUGCAAGACUUGUAGAGGUUCAUUGCUUGGAAGUCUGUUGUGACUAAAAGAGCGUCACUCGCAGUCGAUGCGAGUAUAUAGCUACGAUUUCUAGGAAAGCAAACCGUAUGCAAGAGAGAAGAAACACUUCAUUGACAA